CUAGAUUGUAACGUCUUCGGCAGGUACCGACGACAGCGAUCAUGGAGCCGUCGAUUGUUAACAUUGCCGGUCCCGCCGCAAACACGCCCGCUAAUAACAGCGAGGGCAUACUAAUAGGGGAUAAAGUAUAUUCUGAAGUCUUCCUUACCAUAGACAAUUCACUGAUUCCAGAGGAAAAGCUUUCCCCGACCCCGUCUAUGCAGGAUGGCCUCGACCUGUACACCGAGACCGACCUGCGGAUCCUGGGCUGCGAGCUCAUCCAGUCCGCCGGAAUCCUGCUGCGCCUUCCGCAGGUUGCCAUGGCUACUGGACAGGUCCUUUUUCAUCGCUUCUUCUACUCGAAGUCUUUCGUGAAACACAGUUUUGAGAUUGUUGCCAUGGCAUGUGUCAACUUGGCUUCGAAGAUAGAAGAAGCCCCUCGACGAAUUAGGGAUGUCAUCAAUGUGUUUCAUCAUUUAAGGCAGCUCCGAGGCAAAAGGAGUCCAAGUCCAUUGAUACUUGAUCAGAACUACAUAAACACCAAAAACCAGGUGAUAAAAGCGGAGCGGCGUAUACUGAAGGAGCUGGGCUUCUGUGUUCACGUCAAACACCCACACAAGAUUAUCGUCAUGUACCUGCAAGUCCUUGAAUGUGAGAAGAACCAAACAUUGGUCCAGACAGCCUGGAACUACAUGAACGACAGCCUUCGCACUAAUGUGUUUGUGAGAUUUCAAGCUGAGACCAUCGCCUGUGCCUGCAUUUACCUCGCUGCACGAGUGCUUCAGAUAUCGUUACCCUCUCGGCCGAUUUGGUACCUGCUGUUUGGUGCCACGGAGGAAGAGAUCAAAGACAUAUGUACAACCACAUUGAAGUUGUACACAAGAAGAAAGCCAAAUUACGAUUUGCUGGAAAAGGAAGUGGACAAGCGAAAGAUGGCGAUACAGGACGCCAAACUGAAGGCCAAAGGACUGAAUCCAGAUGGCACCCCUGCUAUCUGUUCAUUUGGUGGAUUCUCUCCUGCAUCCAAACCAUCUUCACCUAAUAUAAUGAAAACCGACGAGAAGUCUCCCAACCUUCAAACACUCAAGGCAAUGAAAAAAGAACCAGAAGAUCGUCCUCAGGGGUCUAAGAGCCCACACAAUGGUCUCAGGAAGGACAGUAAAUUGGGUCGCAACAGUAGAAGUGCUAGUCGUUCUCGCUCUCGGACGAGAUCCCGGACCAGAUCACGUUCUCCCAGAAGACAUUACAACAACAGACGCAGUCACUCAGGCACUUACAGCUCUCGCUCGCGGAGCCGCUCUCACAGCCGCAGCCUGUCUCCACGCCGGCACACCAACCACGGCCCUCCAUCUCCGCUACUGCCACACUUAAAGUCAAAGCAGCGCUCGGACGACCUGCACCAGCACAGCAGACACAGCCACAAGAGGAAACGCUCUCGCAGCCGCUCUCGAUCCACCAGCAAACCUCGCGAGCGGGACAGAGAGCGGGACCGAGAGCGCGAGCGGGACAGAAGCUCCUCAGAUCUGGCGAAGAAGCACAAACAUGAGCGCAGCAGCGGCGGCGGACAUCACCGCGACCGGCGGGAACGCUCACGGUCAUAUGAACGCUCUCAUAAAAGCAAACACCACAGCAGCAGCCAUUCGAGCCACAGCCGCCACAGACGCUGAGUGUUUUCCUGUCACAUCACGUCUGCCAGUGCGCUUGUAUUCAGUUUAAGUGGUCGACGUUGACCUAGUCAUCUGUUUUAAUUAAUUUGAUUUUCUCUUGUGUUAUUUUGGAGUUUUAGUUUUAAACGUGGAAAGAAUGCGAAGCUACAUAUUUACAGUGUAAAGAUGGGUUCAAUGUUGAGGAAAUAUGAGAAAUGCUUUGAUUUAUAAAAGCAACCUUUUUCAGACGGUGGGAAAUCACUAGUUACAUUAAAACAAUUGGAGAUUUUCAGGAACGAUGGAGACUUUGCACAGGUUCAUGAAUGAAUAAUUGAGAGGCUCUACUGGUGAAGAAAAUUGGUUUGUCUGGAAAUAGAUCACAUUUUUUUUACAGGGGAUGCAGACUUUUUUUUCUUUUUUUUUCUUUUUUGGAUCAUGGUGACUUUGUUACACUGGUUUUUAGUCUGCACGUCUUCAUGUCUGAUUUUUACUCAAUAAAAAGUGACUUAUUCCUACUGUAAA